GUCUCUCUCUAAAGGCAGAAGGAACUGUUGCCAUAGCAUUUUCCUUCUCUCUUCCAGCCUCCCCCUCCUUCCCUCAGCAGCUACAACUUGUGCUCUGCCACCGUUUUUUCAGGAAUCAGAUGCCUUUUCAGAAGACAAGCCUCAAAUGAUGUGAUCACGUAGUCGCUGUGUACCUGGUGGGGUAAGUUUGAGGCCGUUAUUAACUUUCUCAGGGUAGACUCAUCUUUGCGGACGUGGCUGCAGAACAGGAAACAGACCCAAAGAGAAGGUUGGCCCUUUAAAAACCUCAUUGGUCCUUCACACGAGCCAAGCCACAGCCUCUCCGGCAACACAUCUGAGGUUCUUUCAGCACGCGCGGUCGUGGACAGCUCCCUGGAUCGCGAUCUGUCCUUCCGCAGUGAGCAGCCUCGUGCUCCACCUGCAACGGGCGGUGCAGCACCCACCAGCGAGCAGUCGUCGCCAGCGCGCACCGCACACGCGCUCCCUUCCACCUCCCACUCGACACCCCACCGCCCGGCCCUCUCACCCCGGCCCGCUCCAGCGGCGACUUUGAGGGAUUCCCUCUCAGACGGGCUCCGCAGCAGCUCCGCGGGCUGCAUUCGAGGCGCCCUGCAAGCAUGGAUCUCCGCGCUACAGCUGUUCGCAGCGUGGACAGACUCGGAGUUCUCCUGAUGCUGCUCUACUCGGUGACUAAAAUCGUGGCGGAACAAGAAGUGGAAAAUCUCUCCGGCCUUUCCACCAACCCUGAAAAAGAUAUAUUUGUGGUGCGGGAAAAUGGGACGACGUGUCUCAUGGCAGAGUUUGCGGCUAAAUUUAUUGUACCUUAUGAUGUGUGGGCCAGCAAUUAUGUCGAUUUGAUCACGGAACAGGCGGACAUCGCGUUGACCCGCGGGGCUGAAGUGAAGGGCCGCUGCGGCCACAAUGAGUCAGAGCUGCAGGUGUUCUGGGUGGAUCGCGCCUACGCGCUCACGCUGCUCUUUGUGAAGGAAAGCCACAAUACGUCUAAGGGGCCAGAGGCGACGUGGAGGCUGAGCAAAGUGCAGUUCAUCUAUGACUCCUCUGAGAAGACCCAUUUCAAAGACGCAGUCAGUCCUGGGAAGCACACUGCCAACUCACAUCGCCUCUCUGCACUGGUCACCCCAGCGGGGAGGUCCUAUGAAUGUCAAGCCCAGCAGACUAUUUCACUGGUCUCCAGCGACCCCCAGAAGACCGUCACCAUGAUCCUAUCAGCAGUCCACAUCCAGCCUUUUGACAUCAUCUCAGAUUUUGUCUUCAGCGAGGAGCACCAGUGUCCCGUGGACGAGCGCGAGCAGUUGGAGGAAACCUUGCCCCUGAUUUUGGGGCUCAUCUUGGGUCUGGUCAUUGUGGUGACGCUUGCGAUUUACCAUGUCCAUCACAAAAUGACUGCCAACCAGGUGCAGAUCCCCAGGGAUCGAUCGCAGUAUAAGCACAUGGGCUAGGGCUCCUGAGGCAGGCAGUCCUCAGCCCCGCCUUCCCCCAACUGGUUCAGGUAGGGAAACAAAAGCACUCUUCCACCUCGCACCAACAUAGCUACAAUCAAAUCGGCCUGGGCAUUCGAGCUUGCUUGGCCUGCUGCCAUGCUUAAACCCAGGAAUUGGGGGG